AUGAAGUACUCUAUCGCUGCUAUGGGCUUGGUGGGCUGUGCCCUCGCCCUCCCUGCACCUCAGCCUACCGGCACUCCUUCUGGUCCUCCCCCACCUCCUUUCCCCGGACCCUCUGGCUCCCUCCAGCCUGGUGGUCCUCCCGUGCCCACCGGUGGCUUCGAAAAGCAUCAGGUUGGCCCUGCUCCCUCUGGUCCUCCUCCAUCUGGUGCCACUCCCUCUGGCCCUGCUCCUACUGGCCCUCCUCCACCUUUCCCAUCCGGCGGUCUUGAACAGCGCCAGUUCGACCCAUCUGGCUUCCCAUCAUUCAGCCUGCCUUUCCCCAUCCCAACUGGCGGACUCGGUGGCUUCGGCGAGAAGCGCCAGUUUGAUCCCUCCGGAUUCCCAUCCGUCAGUGUUCCAUUCCCCGUCCCCACUGGUCCUCCCGGUGGUCUCGAGGAGCGCCAGUUCGACCCAUCUGGCUUCCCAUCAUUCAGCCUGCCUUUCCCUGUGCCCACCGGUGGCCUCGGUGGCUUUGAGAAGCGUCAGUCCGGUGCUCCUGCGCCAUCUGGCCCUCCUCCCACUCCUUCGGGCCCUGCUCCCACUGGUGCGCCGACUGGCCCACCUCCUCCUCCCCAGUUCUAA